CGGCCGCGGGGCCGCACCGCGCCUCCCCCCGUCCCCCCCUGCUCCGGCUCUCAAUGUUCCACACUGCCCGGCCACAGAGCCGCCGCCGCCGCCGUAUAGCCCCCCGGCCGCCUCCGUCCCCUCCUCGGGCGCCGCGGGCCCGGCCCGGCCCCCCGCCAUCCCGCCCCUCCGACCCAGCAGCGGGACAGGACGCCGGCGAAGUUCCCCACGAUGUCCAGUGAUAGGCAGAGGUCAGACGAUGAAAGUCCGAGUACCAGCAGUGGUAGUUCAGAUGCCGAUCAGAGGGAUCCACCUGCACCUGAACCCGAAGAGCAAGAAGAACGAAAACCCUCUGCCACCCAGCAGAAGAAGAACACCAAACUAUCCAGCAAAACUACUGCUAAGCUAUCUACUAGUGCUAAAAGAAUCCAGAAGGAGCUAGCUGAAAUAACCCUUGAUCCUCCUCCUAACUGCAGUGCCGGUCCUAAAGGAGAUAACAUUUAUGAAUGGAGAUCUACUAUACUUGGACCUCCAGGUUCUGUAUAUGAAGGAGGCGUUUUUUUCCUGGAUAUCACAUUUUCAUCUGACUAUCCAUUCAAGCCACCAAAGGUUACUUUCCGUACCAGAAUUUAUCACUGCAACAUCAACAGUCAGGGAGUCAUCUGUCUGGAUAUCCUGAAAGACAACUGGAGCCCUGCUUUGACUAUUUCAAAGGUUCUGCUGUCUAUUUGUUCUCUUCUGACAGACUGCAACCCGGCUGACCCUCUGGUUGGAAGCAUAGCCACUCAGUACCUGACCAACAGAGCAGAACAUGACAGGAUAGCCAGACAGUGGACCAAGAGAUAUGCAACAUAAAUGACAAACUACUUGUGCAGUGUGAAGGUGCAGAAGGCAACUUUGCAGUGUGCAACAAAUCUUUAUAGCCUUUACAAUACGGACUUCUGUGUAUAUGUUAUACUGAUUCUACUCUGCUUUUAUCCUUUUGAAGACUGGGAUACUGCCCCCCAAAAAGGUAAAUGCUAUCAAGAGUAGAAAUUUGUAGCUGUAGAUUAGUUAUGUUUAAAAUGCCUACUUGCAAGUCUUGCUUCUUUGGGAUAUCAAAAUGUAUUUUGUGAUGUACUAAGGAUACUGUUCCUGAAGUCAACCAAAUAUUAUAGUGCAUUUUAGCCUAAUUCAUUAUCUGUAUGAAGUUAUUAAAGGUAGCUGUAGAUUACUAGGAAUUAUGUCAUUUGUAUUAAACCCAGAUCUAUUUCCAAUAUGUGGUACAUGCUGUUGUGAAAACUGUUUUAACUUUUACCUUUGUCAGUUUGUAAUGAAAGGAUUUCCUUUUUCCCUUUGUAGCUCAGAGAGCACCCAGUGUAUCAUCUCAAACACAAUAAACAUGUUCCCCAAGGAGUA